GUGAGGGUAUCACGUACAGUACAGUACAGUAACUCCAGGUAUUGACAUCAAGUAACGUUACAAAGGGUUUCGUAACGGAUGUUGCUCAGGGCGCCUUCCCCUUUUAGGCAUCAUUCUUCAAUGCAAGGUCUCUCCCUCUCCACAGUCCACACUAUCGGGUUCACUUCGCUCCUUCUUCAAUUGCCCAGGCAGCCCUUUCAAAUACCUACCUUACCUACCUUACCUACAUUACAACUCCAUCAACCUCACCAAGGGUCAGGAUCCUUUAAACCCAGCUCCCCCGAAGCAGACAUCACCUUUUUUUCCUAGCCGCCUACGAAGUACCUUCUACGCAAUAUACGGCCGCUUAGUGGGAAUCCUGGCAAUCCUUUCCUACCACUCUCUCUUCGUCCCUAACCUUGAAGAGACCUUCAUCGCCGCUCAGCGGCACUCCAUCCCUGCAUGCAGUAGCUCAG